UGUCAGCGCCCUGCACACACACACUGCGCCACGUGACCCGGGUCACAUGACGGGGAGUCUCGAUACUACCUCUUCAGUCAGACAGGCUACACGGAGCGAGGCUAGCUGUUAGCUUCAACUGUCUACACAGCAGACAUGAGUUUCCUAGGGGGUUUGUUUGGGCCGGUUUGUGAGAUCGACGUUCUGCUGAACGAUGCAGAGAACAGAAAGACCGCCGAGCUAAAGACAGAAGAUGGGAAAGUGGAGAAACACUAUCUGUUCUAUGACGGAGAGUCUGUCUCUGGCAAGGUAAAUCUGAAUGUGAAGCAGGGAGGAAAGCGUCUGGAGCAUCAGGGCAUUCGCAUCGAGUUUGUUGGACAGAUAGAGCUGUUCUCUGAUAAGAGCAACACACACGAGUUUGUGGACUUGGUGAAAGAGUUGGCUCUCCCUGGAGAACUCGCCCAGAACAGGAGCUACGACUUUGAGUUCAUGCAGGUGGAGAAGCCCUAUGAAUCCUACACUGGAGCCAACGUCAGGCUAAGGUAUUUCCUCAGGGUGACAAUAGUUCGUCGUCUGUCUGAUCUUGUGAAGGAAUAUGAGUUGAUCGUCCACCAGUUAGCCACCUACCCAGACGUCAACAACUCGAUCAAGAUGGAGGUUGGCAUAGAAGACUGUCUGCACAUUGAGUUUGAAUACAAUAAAUCAAAAUAUCACCUGAAAGACGUGAUCGUUGGGAAGAUCUACUUCCUGCUGGUCAGGAUCAAGAUCCAACACAUGGAGCUGCAGCUCAUCAAGAAGGAGAUAACAGGAAUAGGUCCCAGUACUACUACAGAAACAGAGACGGUUGCAAAGUACGAGAUCAUGGAUGGUGCUCCAGUUAAAGGAGAGUCGAUCCCCAUCAGACUGUUUCUGGCAGGAUAUGACUUAACACCCACCAUGAGGGACGUCAACAAGAAGUUUUCUGUACGUUACUUUCUUAAUCUGGUGCUGGUGGAUGAAGAGGACAGAAGAUACUUCAAACAACAGGAGAUUGUUUUGUGGAGAAAAGCUCCAGAGAAGCUGAGGAAAAGAAACUUCCAUCAGCGCUACGAGUCCCCUGAGCCCCGACCCCAGCCAGUCACCGCAGAGCAGCCCGAGAUGUGAAGGCAAAGCAAUGACUGAAACUGAACACAGAAACACCGCAACUCUUCACUGCUGAACAGCCAGAGGUGUGAGGGCCGCUCCACUCUCUCCCUGGACUGAGAACUGUCUGUAAACAUGAACACACAUAACAUACCUUCAGAACACCCCCCCCCCCCCCCCCCUCCCCCCCACUGCUUCACAGCUUCUGAUUUGAGCUGUCCGACCACCGUCGCGCUGCCCUACAAGACUCAAACACACUUGCAUACAAAUGCACAAGAAUGCAAUCCAAGGCGGCUGAAUGCUAAAAGUCAAGGCAAAUGUAACCCUGGUGUCUCAGACUGAAAACACACACAUGCACACACACACAUAACAAGUGGAGCCAAACAGUCCCCUACUGCUGCAGUUUUCUGAGCACAACAUAAAACAGGAGCAAAAGAAGAAAGAAGUAGACUGUUACAGACAGCCACCACACCCAGUGUCCCGAUCACCUGCAACAGGAGUUUAUUUUGUUGCAUAUUUGGACAGAUGUUUACAGGAGUUCCUCUGGCAUCCUCCCUCACACAAAUGUUACAAAAAGAUCUCCCUGGAGUCAACCGACGAUUGCAAAUAUUCAAGACGUGGGGAACAACCUGAAGGACACUUAGCUAUGAGUCAACACAUGCACUCUGUGUUUAUUCACAAACUCUGUGUUUAAGCCAUGAUGCUCCAGGCUGCUCUUUCCACCCAAAUAUCUGCUUAAUGGUUCAGUGCAGCUGAAGUCUGUCUGUCCAUUAAUCCCAAAUUUCAUCUUCUCUUUUGUUGGUCUCAUUUCAUACAAGUAAUGGGUUUGAGUCAUGAUGGGCACAAUCGUUUCAAUGUUACUCUAUUUAGAUCUUAUUUAACUAUAUAAAAAUCCUUAAGCGCUGCAGCUUAUUGUUCUUUCAGUUAUUUUGAUGCAUAUUAAUUGAUUUAAGGUUUAGUCUUUAUAUCAUGCCCAGAAAAGUGAAAGGCUCCUUCACAAUUUUCCAGAAACUCAGAGGACAUCUGGGUUUUAUCUGUUUUCUCUGGAAGUCAACAUGAAACAACAAAAAAUAUUCAAAAGGAGAGAAAUGAAAACAAAUGUUUGAGGAGGUAAGAAAAUGAAAAUGUUUCCGUUAAAAACGACUGAAGCUAAUGUUCAAUCAGCAGCAAAUCACCCACUAAUAGUUGCAGCUCUUCAAGUAAACAUGCACACGAGUUAGAUAGUUAAGAUGAAUAUUUAUGCAGUCUUCACUGGUGAUGUCUGUUACCUAACUAUAUGUCUGCCUUGUAAGGUUUCUAAGGGUCCCCUUGAUGUCUUCUUGAAUUCAAGGUGUUUCUAGGGCUUUGAGCAUUUGGUUUGAUCCUUUAUGUAUCCAAAUGUGGAGAGAGAAUAAAGUAAGACAAGAUCAGAGCUGGGCCACCACAUGGUACUCCAUUGACCUCCAUUGACUUGUGGCAGAAGAAGAAAUAUACAAGGAAACGAGAGAGAGAUCUUAAAACUUGUAUUUUGUUAAGUCUGUGUUGCUAAAAUGUAUUUAUUUGAAGUUGGGCUGAACUGAACCUUUGAAUCACGGCUCAUCUUACUGCAGUUUAUGUAUAAAAAAAAAAUGUCUACAGAUUCUCAAAUUCAAAGCAUGAAAAUGUUGAAAUGAUGUUCAACAGCUACUUACACAUGGUUUCUAUUAGCAUUUUAAAUUAAAACCAUGUUUAAGUAGCUGAAAUGAUGCUAAGCUAGCAGUGAUGAACUGUUCUUGUUGCUUCACAUCCCUCUUUUAAGCUAGCAGCAGUUUUCUUUUUUCUGAACACUAUUUUUUUCUUCUAAAAUGGUCAUGUUGGAUCUUGUGCACACCGGAAGAGAUGCAGAAUCAAACACUAAGUUCAACAUUGUUCCACUGUGAUACUAAGACCGGCUGUUUAGGUCCUGCUUAGAAGAAACACACACACACACGUAUACACAUGUACACAUACACACACACACAUGUACACACACACACACACACACACACGUAUACACAUGUACACAUGUACACACACACACAUGUACACACACACACACACACACGUACACACGUACACACACAUGUACACAGCGUUUGGUGAUUUUACUUGACUUGUGUGUAGGUUGAUUUUGCUCUUAAGUUCUGAUUUGUGGCCGGCUUUGCACUUUCUCUUCUGAUUCUUCACUUUGUUUAAAGUGCUCAUGUAAGCUGCAACUGAACAUCACUCAAGGACAACCACACCUCAGAGAUCUCCUGUGUCUGUAGCAGAGAGAACAAUACUGUCAUUUCUACAUCACUACCACUUUUAUUGACAACAGCUUUUUUUCCUCUCACGUUUGAAAGUUGUGCUGUCAUGUUACAUGUUUCAUUACAUGAACCUCUGGUCACUUUAACUGUUACAGCUUCUAUUGUUGACCCUGCACUCCGGUCUUUUGUUUAGAAACGGUGUUAUUUAUUAUAAAGUCAUGGUUCCUCUACUCCUGCUGUCAAACACUUCCUGUCAUUCUGAGCACUACAUGAAGGGUUUGUUGUAUUUUUAAUGCCUAAAAAAUGGUUAUGAAGAAACUCAAAUGUUACAUCUGUCUGUCUCUCUCUCAUCGUCUGCAUGUUAAUCUUUACACAAUGUCUAAUCAUACCAUCAAUCUGUGCGUGUGCGCGUGUGUGUGGUUGUAUGAUAUUAUGUGAAUUUUCACCAGACCCAAAUAUAUAGCUAAGAUGAAUCAUGAAUAAAGCAAAUUUAUACUGAA